AUGAAACCAAGCCAAGCUCCAUCAAGGGCCAACGAGCCAGAUGCUAGCCCGGCAGUCGUUGAAAACACCCGGGGUCGUGGCAACUUCAAAGAAAAGGUAAGCGGGCAGAUACUCGAUGCGGAGGCAGGGGUCUCUGGGAUUGAGGCUACAACUGCAGUAUGGGGUGAAAAAGGUAAAUGGCUUGUUAUCGCCGGCGAGCUCGACAAUUCCACUGUCUCCAUAUACAAUAACUACUCGACGUCAUCAUUCAAUGGACUGUCAAAGUUAGCGACGCUCAAUACAGCUGGUGCCGUGCUUUUUGCUGUGAUGAAGCCACCGAUUGCCAAAAUUUCCAACGUCAUCGGCCGUGGCCAAACAUACACGAUGACCAUGUGCCUGUACAUCCUCUCCUAUAUUCUCAUGGCAUCGGCAAAAUCCCUCAACACGUAUGCUGCAGGCUACAUAUUCUAUGUCAUGGGGCAGUCCGGGACUAAUAUAAUGAACGACAUUGUCAUCUCGGACAUCAGUAGUGCGCGUUGGCGUGGAUUUGCAAUUGGAGUUUCUUUCACCCCUUUCCUUGUGACGCCAUGGAUAUCCGGCUUUAUCACCGAAAGCGUUGUUAAUGGAAUUGGCUGGCGCUGGGGAAUUGGCAUGUUCGCGAUCCUCAUGCCAUUCGGUUCCAGCUUCAUUAUUACCACGCUUUUAUACUACCAAACACGAGCCAAAAGUUUGGGCAUCGUUCAACGCCAGAGCAUGAAGAUCUAUGACUUCUGCUCCCAGAUCGACCUUGGUGGCGUUAUUCUCUUCAGCGGUGGCUUUGCGCUGGUCUUGAUACCACUCACUCUAGCUGCGACAACCUCCAGCAGGUGGAAAACACCGUAUCUCGAUGGACUUAUCGCUGUUGGUGUGGUUUUGCUGAUUGCAUUUCCGUUCUACGAGUGCCUGUUAGCACGCUACCCAUUCAUGCCACCCUCGUAUUUCAUAAAUUCUACCAUCAGCCUCUGUCUAUUUCUCAUCGCGACGGACUCCAUCGGCUUCUCCUGUACGCACGCAUACCUUUACACAUGGGCGACAGUGGUGCGAAACUUUUCAGCCCGAGAUGCUACAUUCUACAAUGCAACAAAUGGUGUCGCUUCAUGUCUUAUGGGAAUAAUAGCCGGGCUUCUCAUGAUGUGGACCCGUCGCUAUAAAUGGUUGGUGGUGAUAGGUGCUACGCUACGCCUAAUCGGAUAUGGGGUCAUGAUUCGUCUUCGAGGAGCAUCGAAUUCAAUGUUUGAACUAUUCUUUGUGCAGGUUAUACAAGGUAUUGGGUCCGGGAUUAUGCAAACGAACUUGCUUGUCCCGGCGCAAAUAUCCGUGCCCCAUUCUCAGAUGCCACAAAUCACGGCACUGGUGAUUUGCUUCUCAUUUCUGGGAUCGAGUGUCGGUGCCUGCAUUGCCGGAGGCAUAUACACUAACACGAUUGGAUCGGCCUUGGAAUCUCAUCUCGGCGAGAGGGCAACACCAGCGUUGAUAAAAACUUUGUCCAACUCAAUUCUUAGUGCUGCUCCAGAUUGGGGCUCUCUGGAGCGCACUGCGGUGAAUUUAGCCGUGGGUUUUUCUCUUCCGUGUUCGCCUUUGGAAGCUAACUGCUGUUGUUUCAGUUUUCUGACGUUCUGA